AUGCCCGGGCCAGAUGGAUGGGGUUACCCGGCCCAGACAGUCUCAUCUUCUCUGGAGUACUUCGUUGCCAAUCAGAAUCAAGUCUUUACAGCUUACACAGGCUAUUGCUAUCAUCACAGACAACGGAUAAUAUUACAAAAUGGCUGGUCAUCACAAUCCUUGGACCCCAGACGUAAGCGAUACAACAUACACAUCCCAAGCUUUGGAAAUACUAACUUAGAAUCUUUUCAGUGGGUGAAACCACCAUCAGGAGGAUGGAACCACACUCCUAAGAACUGGAAGAGAAAUACCGCGUUUGUUCUGGCGGGAUAUGCUCUCUCCAUCGUUGCCCUCUACCGUAUUGGUGAAGCUGGAACUUUCAACCCAAAGGAGAAGUACGGUGCUGACACUGUGAAAAGAUGGAACGAGGCUGCAACGAAGGGAAAUGCUGCCAGGAAAGCUGCUGAAGAAAAAUAA